AUGGUGCAGUUUGUCCCUGCAAAGACCUACGAGGACUGGUGGGCGUACAAGGAGACUCUUCAUGGUAGCUUUGUGCCAGGUCCUCCAUUCUGGGGUCUGGUGAAUUCCGCAUGGAGUCUCUGCGCCAUUGGCAAACGCCAGUCGCCCCUGGAUGUGAACACAAGCCAAAUGGUGUUUGACCCUUUCCUCCUUCCUCUUCGCCUCAGCACAGGUGGGAAGAAGGUCAGUGGUACCAUGUACAACACGGGACGGCACGUGUCCUUUCGUCCAGAUCCACUGCAGCUGGUCAACGUUUCCGGAGGGCCUCUUCUGUACAGCCACCGGCUCCAGGAGAUACGCCUGCAUUUUGGCGGCGAAGACAGAUUUGGCUCCGAGCACUGGAUUGACGGCGAGAGCUUUUCUGCCGAGGUGGUCCCAGCCCCUUCUCAGCCCACCCUGUUGACAUUCAGCGUCUAUGUUAUUUCAAUCUUUGCUAAUGUCGGACCAAGCCCUAACCCAUUCCUGACCAGGCUAUUAAACAGAGAGACCAUUACCCGGAUCUCCUAUAAAAAUGAUGCCUACCUUCUCCACGACCUGAGUCUUGAGGAUCUUUACCCUGAGACGUUCGGUUUCAUCACCUACCAGGGAUCCAUGUCGACCCCUCCAUGCUACGAAACGGUCACCUGGAUCCUCAUUGACCGACCCAUCAACAUUACCUCCGUCCAGAUCCACUCCCUUCGCCUUCUCAGCCAGAACCUUCCUUCCCAAAUUUUCCGAAGCAUGAGCGAUAACUCAAGACCCCUCCAGCCCCUCUUACAACGAAGCCUCCGGAGCAACCGAGACCUGCGGCGCCCCACACGGCGGUGCAAAGGGGCCAACUACAAACUACACGUCGAUGGCGCACGGCCCUCCAAAACUGUCAUGUAGAGAGGCCCCGUCGCAGCCAAUGUCGUCCUGUUGAAUGUUCAAGGGUGUCUGUCGCUCCCUCAUAAUUUCAGUCGCUUACUGAGGAAGCCACAGUCUCCCAAUGCUGUGUCGCUCUGCCUCCCCUCAUAUGAAGGGGAAUUAUGCGGCAUGCCUUUGAACACCACAUCGGACUGUCUGUAUCAGAGGCGUUUGGAGCAUCCCUUCUUCCCUUAUAUCGCUUCCAGAGAGUUUGAAAAAAAUUUAGGCAGACUGUGGUACAACCCAGUUUAACAGACUACCUUUAAAAGGGAAGAGGCCCUACAGGAGCUCAUGAAGGGAGAAUUUUGCCAUUUUACAUUGCUUCCCUGUAAUCCCAAAAGCGAAUGAUUGAACAUCAAAGGUACCCUAAAUCUCUAUACAUCCCAAAUGUUAGGGAGAGAGGAGUACACACACAGAGAGAAAGUGCCCGAAAUGUUGUGCAGGCCAGCCAAACCAUAUUUGGCAGAAGAGUAUAACAUGCACAGGAAUGUACCCCGAAACCUCAUUAUAUUUGGUGGGGCAAAUAACCAGAGUUCUAUCCUCGUGGUGUCCGAAUGCACACCAAGGUAUUGGCAGGACAUCCUGUGAGUUUGGGCAGACCAUGAGGUAUGAGAAUAAAAGCAGGAUUGUGCCUCAAAAUGGUAAAUGGCCUGAAUAAUGUAUGGAUUGCGGAAAUGUUAGGGGGGGGGAUGCAUAGAAGGAAAGCACUCUAAAGACACCUAGGAAUGACCUCCACAAAUUCUGAUCCUCUCUCAUGACUUUGGGAGAAGAAUACUUGAAACUUCACCCACUUUGUGGUGUGAAUUUGGGGGAGUCUAGGGUAGGAAAGAGAAGCCUACCCCCAAAUUCUCUUCUUAGCACAGCCUGGGAAGUUUGGGGGCUGGGUGAGAGAACAGUGAUACACUGGAAUAUGAUCACAACUUCUGAAUGGCCUCCA